GCCGGGCGGCCGCCAUGCGAUCAGGCAGUGCGCUGACCGGCCCGGCCGGUCGGCCCCUUCUGGGUCCUCCCUUUGCAGCCCGUGCGGGGCCGUCUCGGAGACCCCGCGCCGACGGCUGCUCAAACAUCAGGCUGGCCCCCGAAAGGACACUCCCCAAGUCCCCAGCCGGGGGCCCCGCAUAGACCUGGAGUGGACACCCCCUCCUUCCCUUCAUGAUUCGUUUGUAGCGCAGUGGCGAUGGAUGAUGAGGAUGGGAGGUGCUUACUAGACGUGAUUUGCGACCCUCAGGCCCUCAAUGACUUCUUACAUGGAUCCGAGAAGCUGGAUGGUGACGACCUCCUGGAUAACCCCGGGGAGGCCCAAAGUGCCUUCUACGAAGGUCCUGGGCUCCACGUGCAAGAAGCUUCUGGCAACCACUUGAGCCCGGAGCCCACGCAGCCGGCCCCCAGCGUGGACCUAGACUUCCUGGAAGAUGCCAUCCUGGGCUCGCCUGCCGCGGGGGGCGGCGGCGGGGGCGGAGGGGCCGCCGACCAGCCCUGCGACAUCCUCCAGCAGAGCCUCCAAGAGGCCAACAUCACUGAGCAGACCCUCGAGGCCGAGGCCGAGCUGGACCUGGGCCCCUUCCAGCUGCCCACCCUGCAGCCCGCGGACGGCGGGGCGGGCCCGGCGGGGGCCGGAGGGGCCGCGGCCGUGGCCGCUGGGCCCCAGGCCCUGUUCCCGGGGGGCACCGACCUGCUGGGGCUGCAGGCCCCCCCCGCCGUGCUGACCCACCAGGCCCUGGUGCCGCCCCAGGACGUGGUCAACAAAGCGCUGAGCGUCCAGCCCUUCCUGCAGCCCGUGGGCCUGGGCAAUGUGACCCUCCAGCCCAUCCCGGGCCUCCAGGGCCUGCCCAACGGCAGCCCUGGGGGCGCCGCGGCGGCCACGCUCGGCCUGGCGCCCAUCCAGGUGGUGGGCCAGCCGGUCAUGGCACUCAACCCGCCCGCCUCCCAGCUCCUGGCCAAGCAAGUGCCCGUCAGCGGCUACCUGGCCUCGGCGGCCGGCCCCUCGGAGCCGGUGACCCUGGCGUCGGCCGGCGUCUCGCCCCAGGGGGCGGGCCUGGUCAUUCAGAAGAACCUCCCCACCGCCGUGGCCACCACGCUCAACGGGAACUCGGUGUUCGGAGGGGCCGGGGCCGCCCCCGCCGCGGCCGGCGGGGCGCCCUCGGCGGCCCCCGGCCUCGGCUCGUCGCCGCUGGUCCCGGCGCCCAACGUGAUCCUGCAUCGCACGCCCACGCCCAUCCAGCCCAAGCCCGCCGGCGUGCUGCCCCCCAAGCUCUACCAGCUCACCCCCAAGCCGUUCGCCCCCGCGGGCGCCACGCUCACCAUCCAGGGCGAGGCGGGGGGCCUCCCGCAGCCGCCCAAGGCCCCCCAGAACCUGACUUUCAUGGCAGCGGGCAAGGCCGGCCAGAACGUGGUGCUGUCGGGCUUCCCGGCGCCGGCCCUGCCGGCCAACGUCUUCAAGCAGCCUCCGGCCACCACGACGGGGGCCGCCCCGCCUCAGCCGCCCGGGGCCCUGAGCAAGCCCAUGAGCGUCCACCUCUUGAAUCAGGGCAGCAGCAUCGUCAUCCCCGCCCAGCACGUGCUGCCAGGCCAGAACCAGUUCCUGCUGCCGGGGGCGCCCGCCGUCCAGCUGCCCCAGACGCUGUCGGCCCUGCCCACCAACGUCGGCGGGCAGAUCCUGGCGGCCGCGGCCCCCCACGCGGGCGGACAGCUCAUCGCAAACCCCAUCCUCACCAACCAGAACCUGGCGGGCCCGCUGAGCCUGGGCCCCGUGCUGGCCCCCCACUCGGGGGCCCACAGCGCCGCCCACAUCCUCUCGGCCGCCCCCAUCCAGGUGGGCCAGCCGGCGCUCUUCCAGAUGCCCGUGUCGCUGGCCGCGGGCAGCCUGCCCACACAGAGCCAGCCGGCGCCCACGGGGCCCGCGGCCACCACCGUCCUCCAGGGGGUCACCCUGCCUCCCAGCGCCGUGGCCAUGCUCAACGCCCCCGACGGGCUGGUGCAGCCGGCCCCCCCGGCCGCCACCGGGGAGGCCGCGCCCGUCCUCGCGGUGCAGACGGCCCCCCAGGCGCCACCGGCCGCCAGCACACCGCUGCCUUUGGGCCUCCAGCAGCCACCGGCGCAGCAGCCCACCCCCCAGGCCCCCGCCCCUCAGGCCGCCGCCCCGCCUCAGGCCACCACCCCACAGCCCAGCCCGGGCCUGGCGUCCAGCCCAGAGAAGAUCGUCCUGGGACAGCCACCCUCCGCCGCCGCCGCCGCCGCCGCCGCGGCCAUCCUCACUCAGGACUCCCUGCAGAUGUUCCUGCCGCAGGAGAGGAGCCAGCAGCCCCUCUCCGCAGACGGCCCCCACCUCUCCGUGCCCGCCUCGGUCAUAGUCAGCGCCCCGCCUCCCGCCCAAGACCCAGCCCCGACCACCCCCACCGCCAAAGGAGCUGGCCUCGGCCCUCAGGCCCCCGACAGCCAGGCUUCCCCGGCGCCGGCCCCCCAGAUCCCGGCAGCGGCUCCACUCAAGGGCCCAGGCCCCUCCUCGUCCCCGUCACUACCUCACCAGGCCCCUCUGGGAGACAGCCCCCACCUGCCCUCCCCACAUCCCGCCAGGCCCCCCUCCCGCCCGCCCUCCCGCCCCCACUCCCGCCCGCCCUCCCAGCCCCAGAGCUUGUCCCGCCCGCCCUCAGAGCCCACCCUGCACCCUUGCCCCCCGCCCCAGGCGCCCCCGACUCUGCCCGGCAUCUUUGUCAUCCAGAACCAGCUGGGGGUCCCGCCACCGGCCGGCACCCCGGCCCCCACGGCCCCAGGCCCCCCCCAGCCCCCGCUGCGCCCCCCCUCCCAGCCCCCGGAGGGGCCGCUGCCCCCGGCUCCCCACCUCCCGCCCUCCUCGGCCCCCUCCGUCGUGGCCUCCACGGACGCGUCCGCCAGGCUGCAGGCCCCGACACCGCCUGACUUCCAGCUGCAGUUCCCGCCCGGUCAGGGGCCCCACAAGUCCCCCACGCCCCCUCCGACCCUCCACCUGGUCCCUGAGCCCGCAGCGCCCCCCCCACCGCCUCCUCGGACCUUCCAGAUGGUGACCGCCCCCUUCCCGGCGCUGCCCCAGCCGAAGGCUCUGCUCGAGAGAUUUCACCAGGUGCCGUCCGGAAUCAUUCCCCAGAACAAGGCCGGGGGGGCCCCCGCCGCCCCGCAGACCUCCGCCAGCCUGGGGCCCCUCGCCAGCCCCACCGCCUCGGUGCUGGUCAGUGGGCAGGCCCCAUCCGGGACCCCCACCGCCCCCAGCCAUCCCCCUGCCCCGGCACCCAUGGCCACCGCAGGCCUCCCUCCUCUGCUUCCUGCCGAGAGCAAAGCUUUUGCCAGCAACCUCCCGACCCUGAGCGUGGCCAAGGCCGCCGCGGCCGGGCCGGGGAAGUCUUCUGGGCUGCAGUACGAGAGCAAGUCGAGGAAACCCCCCACCCUUCAGCCCAGCAAAGAAGCCUGUUUCCUGGAACAUUUGCACAAACAUCAGGGCUCCGUCCUGCACCCUGACUACAAGACAGCCUUCCCCUCCUUCGAGGAUGCCCUGCAUCGCCUCCUGCCCUACCAUGUCUACCAGGGUGCCCUCCCCUCCCCCAACGACUACCACAAAGUGGAUGAGGAGUUUCAGACGGUCUCCACGCAGCUGCUGAAACGCACCCAGGCCAUGCUCAAUAAAUACCGCCUUCUGCUCCUGGAGGAGUCCCGGAGGGUGAGCCCCUCAGCGGAGAUGGUCAUGAUCGACCGAAUGUUCAUUCAGGAGGAGAAGACCACUCUUGCCUUGGACAAACAGCUGGCCAAGGAGAAGCCCGACGAGUAUGUGUCUUCCUCGCGCUCUCUUGGCCUCCCCAUCGCCGCCUCUUCCGAGGGACAUCGGCUCCCCGGCCACGGCCCACCGCCGUCCUCGGCGUCCGGGGCCCCCGCCCAGCCCCCUCUGCACCUGCCCACCAAGCUGGUGAUUCGGCACGGAGGGGCGGGUGGCUCGCCUUCCGUGACCUGGGCUCGGGCGUCCUCCUCCCUGUCCUCCUCCUCCUCCUCUUCCGCCGCCUCCUCCCUGGACGCCGACGAGGACGGCCCGAUGCCCUCCCGCAACCGGCCUCCCAUCAAGACCUACGAGGCCCGCAGCCGCAUCGGCCUCAAGCUCAAGAUCAAGCAGGAAGCCGGGCUCAGCAAGGUGGUCCACAACACGGCCCUGGACCCUGUGCACCAGCCGCCGCCCCCCGCCGCCCUCAAGGCACUCCUGACCCAUGGUUUCAGUGAAAAUGUGUGA